AGUGUUCUACCAAGAAAGCAUAAUGAGCAGAGAGAGCUUUUCCAUAUGUGCCCUGCUCUCUCUUCUGGUUCUGCUGAUCCAUUGUUCGAUUGCAGCAACUACUCAAGAUCUCACGGUCUUGAGUUCUUGUCAAAGCCAUUGCGGGUAAAUAGCGAUUCCAUAUCCCUUUGGAAUUGGUAAAGAUUGCUAUCUCGACAACAACGAGUGGUAUGAAGUUAUCUGUAACCGAACCUCAGGAAACCCUGUGCCAAUUCUUAAUAGUAUCAACAGAGAACUGGUGAAUAUCUCUCUGCCGGACGACUCAAGCGAUUCCUUUGGGCUAAUCCGAAUCAAGAAUCCGGUAACUUCAUCUGGCUGUUCCAAUAUGGAAGAACUCAGCUUGGUUUUGAAUGUGACCAGAAGCCCAUUCUUCCUCACCGGCCAUAAUACUCUAGUAGCAGUUGGUUGUAACAACAAGGCCUCGAUGACGGAUGUUAAGCAGCAGAUAGGAGGAUGCGAGUCUACCUGCGACCUUUGGUUUGGUCAGAGAGGGCAGAACACAAGCUGCAACGGCUACAGAUGUUGCCAAGCGAAGAUACCCUCUGACCGUCUGCAACAGAUUGGCAUCAAGAUAGAGAGCCUUGAUGUAACACAACGAAAUCAGCUGGAUGCAGAUGAGGCAUAUUCUCCUUUAAAUAUAACCGAACCAGAGUUGUUUUACGAUAAGGGAUAUGCAACAGUGGAGUUAGGUUGGUUCAUAGAUAGGUUACACAAUAUGUCCGUUAUACUGGGGUUUGCUAUUCAAUUACCGAGGGUACACACGGUUGGAGUUACAGUAACUAUGAAGCUUGCAUUUGUAGAUAUGGUAAGUACUUAGAGCGAAGCUAUAGAAGCUGCAGGUGUAACAGUGGUUACAGAGGGAAUCCAUAUCUCCCGAGUGGAUGUACAGAUAUUGAUGAGUGUGAAGAAGCCAAAGCUGAAGGGCGAAACCAUUGUGGGAAAGGGUAUGAUUGUGAGAAUAUACCAGGAAACUUUAGUUGUCAAUCCAACAAAAACAAAAGACUAGCCAUCAUUCUUGGUAAGCUACCGAUCAUCGUGGCUAUGCGAUAUGUUAACAUGUAUAGAUAACCCAAUAAAACGGAUUUGGCUUUUAAUGUGUUUCUUUUGUGAUGUGUAAGUAGUAGUCUAGGCUUUGGCUUGUUGUUUUUUGCCAUUGGAGCAUGGUUGUUGUAUAAGUUUAUCAGAAAGCAAAGGGAGAUAAAGCGGAAGAAGUUCUUUAAGCGAAAUGGAGGACUAUUGCUGCAACAACAGUUGGUUUUGAAUGAAGGCAACAUUGAGAAUACAAGAGUAUUCAGCUCGAAAGAAUUGGAGAAAGCCACAGAAAACAAGAGUAUUGCAACAUAGAAGAUCCUUGGAACGUUUUUACUGAUUCUUCCUCCAACAUCACCACCAGAGACCACUAUUAUUGGAACCGUAUCAUUUAAAAUAUUGGUGUUAUUCGAUUUGUUUAGUUGUAUGUGUGUUGUUUUAUCCGGUUUGGAGAAGGUUAUAUUGAAUAACAAGAACCACAAACAUUUAUCAAC